CAUUGUGCUGAGAGCCUUUCCUUAGCGAAUGCAACCUGUGAGUUUAUAUCCUAGCACGUUCUUCCAGCCUAAGUGAUCAGAAUGGCAGCUCUGGGGUUAGAGAUACUAGGGGUCACCCUGGCUGUGUUAGGUUGGAUUGUGGGCAUUGUGUCUUGCGCUUUACCCAUGUGGAGGGUCACGGCUUUCAUCGGGGUGAACAUUGUAACGGCGCAGACCAUAUGGGAAGGAAUCUGGAUGAGCUGUGUGGUGCAGAGCACUGGCCAGAUGCAGUGCAAAGUCUACGACUCCAUGCUGGCUCUCAGCUCAGACCUGCAGGCGGCCCGGGCACUGUGUGUGAUUGCCAUCGUAACGGGAGUACUGGCGCUCCUGCUCUCUAUUUUAGGGGCCAAGUGCACUAAAUGCCUAGAAGAGGAGCGUGCCAAAGCCAGAGUAAUGAUCGGCGCUGGAGUCACCUUCAUCUGUGCUGCGGUCAUGCACUUGAUCCCUGUGUGUUGGUCUGCUCACAGUAUCAUCAGAGCCUUCUACAACCCCAUAAUCAUUGAGGCACAGAAAAGGGAGAUAGGUGCGUCUCUCUACCUGGGAUGGGCGUCCAGUGCCCUUCUGCUCCUCGGCGGGGGCCUUCUCUGCUGCAGCUGCCCCCCACAGGAGGAGAAUAGGUACGGUCCACCCAGCAGGAUGGUUUACUCCGUUGCACGUUCUGUACCACCCAGUGGCUUUGACAAACAGAAUUAUGUGUGAACAAACGUACUCUUUUUGAACAGAAAAUGUGUUGACACAGUACAAGACAAUGUGCAGUGAGUUCUGUUGGUUUGCCACUCAAAUGUAUUUCCUAAUUUGCUGUGCUCUCUUUUGUUUGGUGGUGUUACC